AUGGGCCCGGAGGGCACGUCGCGAAAAAAGAGUGUGAAAAUAUUUCUCCUCGGGGCCAAAUCUCCUUCACACUCGGGCGGCUUUUUCCUCCUGCGAGGCCUUACCUCGCCGGCAGCAAAGGCCUUGGCUUCGGCCGCCUUCGGCGGGGAGCAAGCGGCCCGGAUACGUUGGAAAGGAGACGAACGGAGGUCCCAGUUUUUGCAUAAUUCGGUUAGAUUCUUGCUGGAGAACGCUCGAAUCUGCACGGAAAGAGGAGAGGGAUAUGGUAGGGCGGGAUGA